CCCGUUGGACCCUUGAUUCGAGCCAUUUUUGGAGUCUCAAAGUCCAAACCAAGCGUCGAUCCAAAGUAGAAAAACGAUCGCGGUGAUGGCGAAGUGCUCGGUUGACCAUCAGCCCGAGGGAUUCACAUCCAUCGAGCCGGAAGUUGAGCCACGCUUCUCUGGAUCCCACCCGGGCAAAGUGGUGAAGGCCAUGGAAGGCAUGGGAGCCUCAUGGACCAUGGCGCAUUUGCUUGCAGAAGAAGCGUCGCAGAUUGCCUUGCGAGUGUUCCUAUUAGACAAUUCUGGGUCCACCUGUGAAGCUGAUGGGCAUGUGCUACGCCAAGACCUGGUGGGUCGCACAGAGCAGAUUCCUGCUAGUCGCUGGGACGAGAUUUCGACCAUGGCCUUGGAACAGGCGGAAUGGAAUGCUUGCCUCGGCGUGCGCUCAGAGUUCGUUCUGCUGAAUUCUCCUAGCGGCAUCACUGAGCCCUCCCGUGAGGGCCGAGACUUUGUGACCAUCGACCCAGCUGCUGGAGAUCCCAGAGCACAGGUCGCCCGCCUUGCAGAGUUGCUGAAGAAGAACGGGCCGCGUGGCCCCACGCCCUUGGCAUAUCGCAUUCGACAGCUGACCGGGCGGCUGCGGAAGGCGGUGAAGGACGAUCGACGCAUCAUGCUUUCGGUGGUGACCGAUGGGAUCCCAACAUCCACACAGUCCAAGCCCAAAGACGAGUUCAUGCAGGAACUUCGGGAAUUCGUCCGCCAGUUGAACGCUUUCGUGGUAAUUCGUCUCGCCACAGACGAUGAUGAAGUUGUGAAGUACUACAAUCGCAUAGAUGAAGAGUUGGAGCUUCCAUUGGAUAUCUUGGACGACCUGACAGGCGAAGCCAAAGAACUCCAUGCAAUCGGCAACGGCUGGUUUGCCUACACCCCUCUGCUGCAUCGCAUCCGCGAAGGCGGCGCCUUGAACAAACUCUUCGAUCUUUUGGAUGAGCGGACGCUGAGAUUGCCCGAAAUUGCUGAGAUGUUGGAGUUGCUUUUCCGACGUCCUGAAGAUCCUCCAUUCCCGCGCAAGGCCUCAGAGCUCUAUGCGUUGGCUGCACAAAAAUCGUCAGAGGCCUGCAAUGUCUUCAACGGCCGAAGACGAUGCAUGACUCCGUUGGUUGACUUGAAGGCCCUCCAGAAGGCCCUUGGUCUCAGUCCCUUUCAGCAGCUCCAACGACGUCUGGUCACCAGCAUCUUCUGUGCCAAGAACUUGCCCUGAGGGCGGCCGUUUAAAAGAUGUGGUGUCCAAAAGUGGGG